AUGAAGGUCACCACUGUUGCUUUGGCUACUAUGGCCGCUGUUGCCUCUGCUGCACCUACCGCUGAGCCCGCCGCUGCUCCUGAGGCCGCAUUCUCCUCCUGGGGUAAGAAGUACCACCCUAAGCUUUGGAACGGCUGGGGCGAUGCUCCUGGUCAGGUCUACCGCCGCGAGGCUGAGCCUGCCUUCUCUUCCUGGGGCAAGAAAUACAACCCUCACCUCUGGAACGGCUGGGGCGAUGCUCCUGGGCAAGUCUACCGCCGUGAAGCUGAGGCCGACCCCGCCUUCUCCUCUUGGGGCAAGAAGUACAACCCUAAGCUCUGGAACGGUUGGGGUGAUGCUCCUGGUCAAGUUUACCGCCGUGAGGCCGAAGCUGACCCUGCAUUUUCGUCUUGGGGCAAGAAGUACAACCCUCACCUCUGGAAUGGCUGGGGCGAUGCUCCUGGCCAGGUCUACCGCCGUGAAGCUGAACCUGAGCCCGCUUUCUCGUCUUGGGGCAAGAAAUACAACCCUCACCUCUGGAACGGCUGGGGCGAUGCUCCUGGGCAAGUCUACCGCCGUGAAGCUGAGGCCGACCCCGCCUUCUCCUCUUGGGGCAAGAAGUACAACCCCAAGCUCUGGAACGGCUGGGGUGACGCUCCCGGCCAAGUCUACCGCCGCGAGCCCGAGGCCACCACCACCGAGGCUGCCGCAACCGAGACUGAAACUCCUGAAGCCAAGUAA